UUAAAAGUAUUAUAUAUUUUAAAUCUAAAAGUGUGAUAGAACCAUAAUCAUUUUCAUAUUAGUUAUUGAAAAUUUUUUAUAAUGAAAUACUAAAAUAUCAAUUAUAAAGUACCGAACAUAGGUAUUAAAUAACGUUUAAUGGCCAGAACUAUUUUAUGAGAAAAGUGAAAACUAACAAAUUAAUAUUAUAAAAUAAAAUAAAUACUUAUAGUGACGUUGAUUAUUUUAUUAAUAAAUGUUGUUUAAUAUUAGGAUUUAACUCGAAAAGAACUUACUAUGGUAUUUAAAAACGAGCCCAAAUUAAUGGAGAACAUACAAUUAUUGAAAACAAUCGGAUUAUACCAAAUAUUGGAUUCACACAGUCCUAAAGUGUUUGGUUAUAAUGUUUUUAAAUGCGUAGCUGUAAUCGAAGCAUUUAUUCUCACUGCAACAGUAUAUGCAAGCAUUUUAAAUAUAUUCUACUGCCUGAGUGACAUAAAUGAGGCAACGAGAUAUUUCACAUUGUGUUUGAUAGCUUCAGUUCCAACUUUUAAACUCAGUUAUAUAAUUGGCUACUCAGAUACCAUAUGGAAUUGUUUACAUAUAACUUCCGCCGAAUAUUUAUCCUACAAGUAUCACAGCAGAUGUAUACUUGAAGUUGGCCGAAAGAAAUUGAAACAGUUUUUAAUACUUUUUGUAAUUUUAUGGAUUGUGGUUUUCAUAGCUUGGAUUUUGACUCCGUUCAUUGUACAGAACUCUUAUUUAAGAGUGGAGGCGAGAAAUAUGACUUACCAUUACCGUACAAACAUAUUGAAUUUAGUUUAUCCGGCGCCCGAUAAAUUCUACAAUGCCAAUUUUAUAAUGUAUUACAACAUCGAACUUACAAUAUCUAUUGUUUGGGCUCAUUCUACUAUUAUAUUCGAUAUACUUCUAAUAUCUAUGUGUAUUACAAUCGAGUAUUAUUUAAAAACUAUUGCUAAUACAUUUAGUACACUUGGAAACGUAGAGAAUCAAUUUAUGAAUAGCCGAAUGUCAACAGUCAGACUCGAUGAUACAAAAAUAAUAAAUGAUUUCAAAAUUAUAAUUCAGGAUCAACAAAAAGUAAUUGAAAACAUGAAAAAUAUCUACAAGGUAAUUCGACCAGUUAUACUUCUUCAAAUAGUUGCUGAAUCAUCAAUUAUUAUAUUACUAUCCAGCAUAACAAUAAUGGUUAAAUAUUACUUCAGUCUACAUAAACAUGCCUUUUUACAAUAUUUUUUUUUUAUAUUCCAGAAUUAUUUUAAUGGUUUUUCGUUGGUAUCUCCAUCGAACUUCAGAUUUAUAACAUCAAUAUUUAUAUAUAUAUUGCAUAUCUAUUUUAUCUGCUACUUUCUGAAUGACGUUAAUGAACAAAAAGAUUCGAUGAAUUUUGCAUUGUAUAGUGGUGAUUGGUCAGGCAAGAGUUUAAAAUAUAAAAAAAUGAUCCUGUAUGCUAUGCAAAUGAACAGUACCGACCAAAUGAAACUGCAAGUAACGAAGACAAGAGUAGUGAAUUUGGAACUGUUUACAAGCGUUAUGCGGACAACGUAUACAGUUAUAUCGGUGUUGUCAGAACAAUAUGCAAAAAAAACAUAAUAUUUAUAGUAUUAGGUAAUAAUUUUGAAGUACUUGAAAAUUGUAUAAUUAUUAUAUAAAACAAACAGUAGAAAAAGUAAGAUAUUAGUUUUUAGUCAUAAAUAUGUAAUCAAAAAUCAAAAAUUUUUCAAUAUAUUGAAAAAAAAUUUAAAUUUUGUACAUAAAAUUAAUAAAAAAAAAAAAAACUAAUUUAAUUUAAUCAGAAGGACGCGCGCUGAGUAGAUAUAGUUAAUAAGAAUAAUAAAGUAAAACAAUAAUAAUGAAUUUGUGAAUAGGUAUCUAAUUUAAAUUAAAUACAAUAAUUUCAAUCAAACUUUCAACUGUGUUAAUUUAAUCAAUUUAUGUUUGCCAAAGUCCGAAAAGUUAGCAGUAGCUAAGCAUUGUCGCGGCUGGGUCAACUCAUAAUAAAUACAACUAAUGACGUAUUAUAACGGGGUAGCGCCGUGGAGGUAUCUCAUAUAUGAAAGUAUUCCAUAGGCGUGCGCAGACUUUAUUCGCAGGUUAUGCAAUAAGGAAAAUAGGGCCCCUCGCAAAUUCUAAUCUUUCUUUAGUUUAUUCUAAAAAACAAUUCUAAGCCGUUAAACAUUUUUUAAACACAUAUAGGAUUCAAUUUACAUUUUACAAUCUAAGUUUUUGCAAAUAUACAACUUAGCUUUUUUGCUUCCCUCGGAAUCUGAAAUCACACAUAGUUUUACAGUAGAAUAUUAAACAACGCGCUGUAGAAAUAAGUAAUUAAUAAUUUUGUCUAAACACUCUAAACGAUUAACGAAUUAUGUCAAAAAACAUUGGCUCGUCGGAAUACAGUUCAACUUUUCAUGGUAAACGUUCUAUUGUCUAUCAGUAACGUUCGGCGGUAAAAUCACAGAUAACAAAACUUAAAGCUUAUCUAUCCAACCAGUACCAUAUUAUAACAAUGAUGGUAGUAAUACUUAUUAAAUUAUACACAUCGAUAAUGACAUGA